AUGUUCACUCCUACCCCGACCUGGCCCUCCCCACACCCCUUUGCAUUGCAAGUUUGGUUCCUCCAACCACAUUCCCUCCUUUGCCUCCUUGACUUUUACUCCCUCGGUUUCCAUUCCGGCCGUCCUCUAUGA